AUGGACAAUCAAUACAUGAAAGGGGAACUUCUUCAACUUCACACAAAAAAUAGUGAAGUCAUCGAAGGCAGAUUUUACAGCAUUACUAACGAUAAGUCAAAAAUAUCUCUGUACGAAGUCAAAGAAUCACCGCAAUCUGAUAAAAAUGAAGGUGUAUGCCACUAUUACGACGCGGAGGUUAGAAAUAUUGUGAAGUUACAAGAGCCAAAUGAACAAACAUUUCUUAAAAUAACUCAGAAAGAAUGUGAAGAUAUAUUGAAAAUAUCUAAAAAGUAUAUUUUCAUCAAUCAAAUUGACCAUAGUUUUCAUGAUGCUAUAGAAGAUUUGAAUCAGUAUAGCUUCAUUUGUAUCAGCACAGAUGGUGGUAAUAUGGGUAGAAAGUGUAAAUUGCCUUUUCUAGUUCUUUCUACACCAGCACAAAUAUAUAUUUUUGAUAUACAAGUACUACAGCACCACGCCUUUGAUGCAGGAUUAAAGAAACUUUUGGAAAGCGAUCAACCCAAGAAGAUUGUCCAUGAUUGUAGAAAAAUAUCAGAUUGCUUAUAUCAUAAGCAUAAUGUUAAAUUAAACUCAGUGUUUGAUACUCAGGUUGGUGAUUUGAUAAUUACAAGAAAUAAGACAGGCCGAUUUCCAAACAAUGUUAAGUCUUUGUCGGAAUGCCUCAACACAUAUCUCGGUUUGAGACUUAAUACUAUUCAGGAAAAGUUGGACAUACUUAAAUGUAACGAGAGACCAUUAUCGACUACAAUCAAAGAAAGUUUAGCAAGGAAUGUAUGCUAUAUGCAUCGUUUCUCAGAAAUUAUUAAUGAACAGAUGAUGUUGCCGUUUGUAAGAGGAGUUGAAUGUUAUAUUGAGAGCAUCAGAUCCUGUGAUGACUUCAAGGCCUGGGAACUCUGCGGCAAACACACUCAAUUACCAAAGGAUUUCAAAAGUGCAAUCGAGUAUUAA